UGGGUGUGUGGGGCGGCUAGGAAGGUUCUGCGGCCGCCCCGGCCGGGGGGCGCAGCCGCGUGCGGAACCUGGACCCUGAGCAGCGCGAGCGGCGGCCAGCGGUAACUACUGCGGCACAGCCCGAGCCCCGCGUAGCCGAGCCGGAGCGUGUGGGACAGGUUCCUGGUGCGUUCUCCUUGGAGUAUGGGCGGCUGCUGAGUUGGCAUUGGGAGCUCUGCUUUUCAGCUGACAGGCAGUGGGCAGGGGCUCCAUGGCGACAGCUAACAAAGGAACCAAGACCAAGAUGGGCAGUAUCCGCUUCUCCGAGGCCUCGACCAGCCAUGCCGUGGAAAGCUCCCAGAGCCACGUCCACUUUGACGAGAAGUUGCACGAUUCGGUUGUGAUGGUUUCUCAGGAGUCUGAUGGUAACUUCCUUGUCAAGAUCGGCUUCUUGAAGAUCAUGCACAAGUAUGAGAUCACGUUCACGCUUCCUCCGCUGCCCAAGCUGGGAAGAGACGUGUGCGCCAUCCCCCUCCCCAACCUGCACCUCAAAGUCCUGAGCGUCACUCCUGUUUCUGAAGGCUUCUGCGUGAAGUGUGAAUACAUCGCCCACAAGGAAGGUGUUCUGAAGGAGGAGCUGGUGCUGGCCUGUGAGACCAGAGACGAUCCCUCUGUGAGAGUGGUGCUGCAGGCCAGAGUCAUGGACCGGCACCACGGCACCCCGAUGCUCCUGGAUGGGGUGCGCUGUGUGGGCGCGGAGCUGGAGUACGACUCGGAGCACAGCGACUGGCGUGGCUUCGACUAAGGACCCCCAUCCCACCUCCCUCCGCUCCUUUGCUCCUCCCCCUUUCCCCUCUCCCGGAUGGAGCAGCUGCUUAGUCCCUGGACUGGAUGCUUUGCUACUUGGAAGAGGGAGAGAGGACCAGAAAAGGCCUGGGGCCAGGGUGGGGAGGGGCCUCUGGUGUCUCCCUUCCGGGAGCCAGGAGGGGCCCAAAGUAGGGCCCCCCCCCCCAAUCCCUUCAGCCUUAAAUUCCAUCCGGAUUUGUCUCAGUCUGUGUCGCCUGCUGCCCCUCACAGGGCCCAGCAUCUGGGCCAGGGAGGGGGGGCGGGGUGUGGAUGAAUAGAGGGAGGACUGGGAGUAUUCCUAGCCGGGUAGUAGAUGGGGUCUUUGAUGCGGGCUGCCUCCUUCCCCUGCCACCCUCCGUCUUAUCCCGGCAUCCCCACUGCCUCCUGUCUCUUCUGAUUCAGUGACCGGAUGGGAUCCAGCCUCUGGAUGGGAGAUUGGGCUUUUUUGGACGGGAGGGGAGUGGGAAGGCCUCUUCUGGGUGCCUCAGUUUCCCUGGUCUGCAGGUGGCCUUCCUGGCGUGGGGAGGGGCAGGCUCUGGUGUGUCAGGGAAGCCCAGGGUGCCUCUGUCCUUCCCCUGCCCUCUCAGCCUGGGCUGUCUUCCUCCCCCUGUGCAGUCAGCCUUUCCCAUGGGUCCCCCUGUCCCCAUUCCUAAGCCAUAGAGCAGGAGGAGAGACGCCCCUCCUCCAGGCUUGCACCGGCCUUUAUCUUUGCUGUUGCUGCUUUAGCUGUUUACCCCCCAGACUGCCCGGGGGGAGGGGGGCUGUGGAAGGAGGCUGGGCACUGGAGGGAGGGUCCUGUUCUAACCUCCGCCUCUCAUGCCCAUGAGUGUGCCUGUCCUGUGUUUGUUGGUUUGUUUUUCUAAGUGAUUGGGGUGAAAGCCCAAAGAAAUUAAAAGAAAAAACCAA